CUCCGCCUUCUUUGCCUUUGGAAGCGAGCCAUGUAGUUAGAGCGAACAGCGCUUUAAAACUAUCAUAAAAACGAAGACUAGCUUUUAAGAAAUUAGCUAGCAGCAAAUUUAACUUUCACUAUUUUUUUGUAAUCGGCGUGUUUUUAGUUUAAUCAAAAAUGCUUCAACGGAAAACCCCCAGCUCUGUCUUUGGCUGUCUUUUCUCUCAAAAUGGAGUCGUGGAUGGACCAUUACACUACGGACCGGGAGAUUCCCCUCCUCACAUCGCAACUGGCGCCACGUUAGACUCUGCUAAUGGGAACGUAGAGUCCGGUGACGGCCCCAAACGCCCGAGCAACCUGGAAGUGUCUCCGCACAAUGGAUUUGCUGCUAAACGCUUCAGCCACGAGGAGGAGGACGGCUCUCUGCCGUGCACCCCGGAGUUUCACGCAGGCAGCGAGACCGAGGUCCCCAGCGGUCAUGCCGGGGAUGAGGCGCUGGCGAACGACACCAGACAACUAAUCAACCGCUUUUUUAUGGAGUUUACUGGACUGUUAAAGCCUCAGUGGCGCGAUAGCAGAGAGCUAUCGACAAUGAAAAGAGUGGUGAACGACAUUUUGGAAAAACACAGAUACGCUUACAAAGGUAUGGCUGCGAAAUGCACUUCCGAUGACCUGACGUUCAUCAGCAAAGUGGCAGAAAACAUGUUUUCAGACGGGAUCACCAACUGGGGUCGGAUCGUGAGCCUGCUGGCCUUCGGGGCGGUGGUGGCCCAGUACCAGAAGGACAACGGGAGGCAAAACAACGUAGAGCUAGUCAGCCAUGAGGUUUCAACCUACCUGUUGUCUCAACAGAGAGACUUUCUGCUCAGAAACAACUCAUGGCAAGGCUUUGUGGAGUUCUUUCGUGUAACAGACCCAGAGUCAACAGUCAGGAACACACUGAUGGCCAUAGCUGGGGUAGCAGGCAUGGGGGCGACUCUAGCCCUGCUGAUCAGGUGAAUCUGAUGGACUCAGAGACUUCUUUAUGGACUCUUUGUUGUAAUUUCAUCAUAUCCUGCUUUUGUUUGGAUGGAAGAAGGAAAAGAAGCAAAACUUUUUUUUGUGGGCAUCUUCUCCAGCCUCCCUUGUAACAUGUUGUAUUUAAUUAAAACAGAUUUAUUUUUUAAAUAAAUGUAAAAUGUAAAUAUGUGAAGCCUUGAAAUUGCUCUAUUAAUCAGGUUUUUGUUUUUUUUUUCACUCACGAUUGCUCGUUCUUAUGUAGGUAGGCUGUUUUGUUACAGAUCAUGUGCCAUGUUAACUUGGGGGAUAUUUUUUUUUUAUUUUAAGUUGUGCAGGCAUGACACCAGUUUUCAGACAGUUCCCUCAAUACCUUCAUAUUGAUGCCUGAAUGACCGGAAACUAAAGAUGUGGAGUUUCUAUACUUGAUAUCAUAAUUGGAUUUUUGCACAUAUGCAACUUGCUGGACUUUUUUUUUUUUUUUUUUUUUUUCCUCCCUUCCUCCAGAAAGACCUGGACACUUCUGGGCGUUUGGACUUUGUGUAACAAGAGGUUAAAAUAACUCCUGGACAAAUAAAGAACUAGCUCCUUA